CUCUCGGCCAUCGGAAAGAAGAAUUCUACUGUGCAAGAUGCCCGACUACAUUAAAUACAAACUCCUAAUCCGCUAUGGCAACUACGCCGCCUACGAGACAUAUGACAAAGACAUCCAGGAAAUACUUGGAACCAAAUACGGCGAACUAGGCGCCACGGACAUCCAACCAUCCUAUGUGGGUCCGAGCCUUCCUCUGCUCUCGAUUAGCAGCUUCGAGGCGCCGGACGACGUCCCAUUGGAUGAGCUAAAGGAUGUAAUUCUGGGUGAGAAUAUCACGACUGAUAUCCAGCCGAUGGGCGAAUACAGGCAGUAUAGAUAUAGUUGAGAUCAAGGUCUACUCUACGGAGUACUAUAGGGAUACAAAUCUAUUGGUCUUUUGACUCAUUGCCGA